UUUCCUCAUCUCGCAUGCCCUCAAGAGUCAGCGUCUGGCUCGGAGAAGUGCUAGCAUGGACAGUCUCAGUGGUAGAAGCAAAAGUCAGAUCACUUCAAGGGAUGUGAGCCAAGCGAGGGCAUGAUCGGCAAGGGCAUGAAAUGAGAGGAGUGGGAUCCUUGUACUGCCACUUGUAGAGCAUUGCAUAUGAUCGCCGCCUCACACAAUUCCAGUUCGCGUUGUGCACUGUAUCGUCUAGCUCUCGCUGCGAAACCGGCCUGCCCGGACCAAUCGGCGAGGCUUGAGUGCGAUUUCACGCGGGCCCGGUUCCUGUGCCACAAUUUGCGAUCGAUGACUUCAUGCAGGCGGGGCAGCCAGCCACUGCGCCUCUGGUCCGGAUGUCCUACGGCUUGAGUGCUGCUUCCGGCGAUGUCCUCGUCCCGGGGUCUGACUGAUUGCCUUGGCCUGCUGGACACCUUGCAGAGAGACAGAAGCCGGAUUGGAGGAGAGGAACGAGAUGAGGGGAAGGCGGGGGAAGAGGACAUACAGAGCGGGGUGUCUGUGGGAAAAGGGUUCCAGGUGGUCGGGCGAGCGUGGAGGAGGGGGUUGGAUAAGAUUCUUGUUUCCGGUACUUAUCUCACCUACCUUCACCACCGUCUAUCUUCUCCUCAUCUGUUUGAUUUCCCACCGCCUACAACGUCUCUCCGCCCCUUACCUCGACCUCGUCUGCUCGGACCUUUUGCUGCCCCACGACUUGCCCUUAGAGGAUCCGCCCUCAAGCUCUCGCCGUCUCUCCAGCCGGAGAUCACUCCCAACAGAGCGCUCAUUCCUACCAGCGACUGCUCAGCAACCAGAUCAGUUGAUCACUUUCGCUCCCACUGUUCAGAUCUCUUCGUGAAACCAUUAUCGGCUGCCUCGACCCCGCAAAUUAGCCUAGCCAAUCCCUCUGCAGCGCAAGAUGGCCUCGCAGCGAGUCUCACAGGUGGGCAAGCAUCUCGGGGGUGUGAACCCCGGCGUCGUAGGUAAGUACUUUGCUGUAUGUGGGAUCUAGUCUCAGGAACGAUUUGGCUGGCAAGGAAGGUAGUUCGCUGCGUUUGUCCCCGGGGCACGUCAUGCGAGUCAGGUGGGCUGCUGGUGAGGCUCGGGCGAGAAAGCCGGCUUUUUGGCUGGCGUACGGCUGGGCCGGCGGGCCAGGCAAGCGCGGGCUCCGGAGGGCUGAUUAGAGGUUCUCCCGGGAGCAAUGGCGGCAGUCAAGACAAAGGAACAGAAAA